UUGGUCUGCGCGCUCGGAUGUGGGACGGACAGGAUAAAAGAGAAAGUGAAACCUCCAAACUAAAGCACAAAGACUGAGUCUACACGAACCCUUGAUCACCAGAGACUGACACAAAAUGGCCGUCACUAAAAUAAAAGUGGUGUUGAUUAAGGAACUCCAGAAGCUUCUAGAUGAAGACCUCGAUCAGUUCAUCUGGCACCUGUUGAAUCCUAUGACAGAAGACAUCACGCCUAUUCUUCCAGCAAAGCUUCAGAAAGCUAAUCGCCGUGAUGUCGUGGAUUGCAUGGCAUCGCAGUACUCUACUAAUGCUGGCAAUAUUGCAGUUCAAGUGCUGCGAUGCAUGGAGAAAAAUGAUCUCGCAAGCGAACUUGAGGGAAAACUUCAGGAAGUUCUGCCGUCUGAGACGGUGGACGGAAGAAAUGCUUCAGCGUCUGUGGAGGAUCAGCCCAUCCAGUCCGACUGGACGAGACCAAAGAGCAUUACUCAAAGCAGCCAAGAGUUUAGGAGCGCAACUCUCAGGAACAACAGAAAUAAUGUUUAUAUCCCGAAGGACAAGUCUCAGAGGAGACGUUUAGCUCUGCUGAUCACCAACAUACGAUUCAAGGACUCAUCAGGUAACAGGAAAGGAGCCGAGAGAGACCAUGACAACAUGGAGUGGCUGCUGACGGCUCUGGGUUACAGUGUUGAGAAAUACACAGAUCUAACUGGGGACGAAAUAAAGGAUAAAGUCAGGAUCUUCGCCAGACGUUCUGAACAUCGAGACUCGGACAGCACGUUUGUGGUUCUGAUGUCUCAUGGGAACAUAAUCAACAAUAAAGAUGCCAUUAUAGGUGUCGACUAUCCGAAAAACCCCAAGGAUUUCUUCUUUGUUGACGACAUCUUCUCUCAUCUGAACUCAAAGAACUGUCCUGCUCUGAUCGACAAACCAAAGGUUAUUCUGAUCCAAGCCUGCAGAGGAGAUCACCCAGGAGGUGUUGAAAUACAAUCAGACGCCUUUGUGCACUUAGAGAAAGACUUUUUCUGUUUUAAGUCCUGCCUCCCUGGUAUCAGUGCAUACAGGCAUCCCGUCGAAGGAAGUUAUUUUAUCUGUUACAUCGUGGAUGUGUUCUGUAAACAGGCUCAUAUUGAUGACAUCAUGGAGUUGUUCAGGAUGAUCGCCUUACGCAUGGAGAAAGAUCCACGAUUCACAGGUCUGGAAAAACUAAUGCCAUGUAUUGACAGGACGUCCGUUGGCAAGAAACUCUACCUUUUCCCUGGACUCUGAGGAUGGAAAAUCAGUUUAAGGCAAGACCCCUGAAAUCUGCAACAGAAAUGUAGAAAGUUUAAUAAAAAAGCUAAAUAGAACAGAAUCUCUAGACCAGUAAACGAGUGUCUUGCCCUUGAAUCGAGUUAAAGAGGCAUUUACGCAAAAAUGCAUUCCAAAUAUAUACAGGCAUUGCAUGCAGUUAUCAAGCGUAAUCAUUUUUCUCUAAUGAUUUUUUUUUAAUAUACUUUUCUAUUUUCAUACUACUAUAUUUACCAAUUAACUGCUAAGGAGUCUCCAUCCAAAAUUGUUCUACUUCUUCCAGCCGAUAUCUUCUUCUUCUUCUUUUUAUAUAACUUUGAUAAAUGAAUCAAUAAAGCUUUUAUAAUCUGUUAUCUGCCUUUGUCUCUUGCCUCCAGCAUGUGUGUUUGUAGAAGAUUUCACGAGUCCGACUCAUAAUUAAUAUAUCAGACUGAAACUAACAAAAACUAACAAAACUGUCCUGUUGCUCAGAAGCCUCUCAAUGCAGACAAACUGUG